CUUGUUGUCUAGAUAACUAAUCCGGCGAGAUUUUGGCUGCUUUAACGAAAACUAUCAUCAAUCUCCGUCGUCUUCGAGCUUCCGAUCUUCAGCAUCCCAAUAAUCGGCAUCGCUGUGGUGAAGUUGAUUCGAAGUAGCUAUUCAAUGGCUUACGUAGACCACGCGUUCUCGAUCUCGGACGAGGACCUAAUGAUUGGGACUUCGUACACCGUCAGUAAUCGACCGCCGGUGAAGGAGAUCUCACUCGCGGUGGCCCUCCUCUUGUUCGGAAUCGUAGGAAUCGUCUCCGGUUUCUUCAUGGCGUACAACCGCGUUGGCGGUGAUCGAGGCCACGGUGUCUUCUUCAUUGUCCUAGGGUGUCUUGUGUUUAUUCCUGGGUUUUACUAUACACGGAUUGCAUAUUACGCUUACAAAGGAUAUAAAGGUUUCUCCUUCUCCAGCAUACCAUCCGCUUAGCCCCCCCCCCUUGUGAAUCUCGGUCUCUUUUCUCUCUUACUCAAUGUAUAGGUUGUUGUUGUUUCUGGUGGUAGGUUUUGUAUUGCUUAAUGACUUCUUAUGUUUAGUGUGAUGUUUACAUGACUUGAAUGAUAUCCAUGUUUAAUAUGUAACUCUUUUGAUUUCUCA